UAUUUAUAUUAAGUGUCACGUUGUUUUUUUUAGGUGUAUUUCUUUAGGUGUUUCAGUCAGUUAAAUGAAGCAGCUGUGGAGAUAAAUACUAAGCUCACCUAUCGGACUCACGUUACUGAGUUGCUUAACGCUUCAGCUAUCUACUGUGUAUUAUCACUCCGGUCAAUGUAAACACAUGUCAACUUCUCACAGGAAAUAAUUGGACUUUCAAGAUGGGAGAUCGGGUGAAUAACUUCCCUCCCCUGCCUAAGUUCAUGAGAAUAAAACCAUGCUUUUACCACAACAUCGAAGAGGAAAUUCCUGAACUCUACCAGCUGUUGGUGCGCAGAAUCUACACACUUUGGAUGAUGUAUUCAGGUGCGCUCUGUUUAAAUGUGAUCUCAUGUAUCGCUUGGUGGGCCGGGGGCGGAAGUGCCACAAACUUCGGCUUUUCCCUUCUCUGGCUCAUCCUCUUCAGCCCGUGCAGCUACACCUGUUGGUAUCGACCGCUCUACAAAGCCUUCAGGGCGGACAGCUCCUUCAACUUCAUGGCCUUCUUCUUCAUCUUCUUCCUCCAGUGUGUCUUGGCCCUCAUCCAGACUAUUGGCAUUCCUGGCUGGGGAACAAGCGGCUGGAUUGCGACGGUGAUGUUUUUCAGCCAAAACGUGGGCUCGGCCAUCGUGAUGCUUCUCACCGCUCUGCUCUUCACCGUGGUCACCGCUUUAAUGGCACUGGUUCUCAUCAAGGUGCACAGAAUGUACCGCGGCGGCGGCGGCAGUAUGAAGCGCGCUCAGGAAGAGUGGAGCACCGGGUUGUGGAAGAGCGCACCGGUGAGGGAGGCGGGGUUUAACGCCGUGGCUCAGACGGCCCAAGGCCCCAGCAUGCCCCAGUACCCGGCCGCGGUGCCCAGCUACCCCGACAACAGUCACUGGGGAUAGCCGGGAGUCACCUCUAGAUGGAGACAGACAGCUGGCAUAACAAAAGCACUUCAUCUCACCCUUUGACUACGUGCAUAGGUAUAUAUUUACUUCUAGAAGAUAGGAUUGCUAUAAAGAUUUUAUCAAAGAGUUUUUGUUCAUAUCUUCUAAUGAUGCCAUUCCAUUUCAACUUUUGUUUACAUCUAGUUUUAUUUAAAUGAAUGAGAGACACUUUUAUGCUCUUGCAAAUAUACAAUUGGAAUAUUAAAAAAAAGCGCGAACUGUUUCUGGAUAGCGGUAUAAGAAUGGUGUGUGCCUUAUGGACCUUUAUGAUAAUGUUUUAUGAAUUGCCAAAUCUGCAUGCUAGGAAUCGUAGUGUGCCAAAACGACAGAGUUUCCUUUUUCUUCUUCUUUCCCAACAAGAGAACAUCGGAGAACUUGCACGAUUUGCAUCUGUUGGCUUUAUGUUCUGUGCACUGUUCUGUUCAGGAGUUGAGUUUAUUUUUGAUACGCCGCGCUCGCUUGCCUUGGCUGUGGUUUCUUGAAAUGCACCUUUUUUUUAAAAAAUAUUGCGUGCAGAUUUUGUAUGUUUAAAAAAAAAAAAAAAAUCUUGCUUGACUUUCGCCUUAAAAAAAAAAGCUCUGCCUUCUUUUGUUGUUGUAAAACUGGAUCCGUGCUUCAGUGAAGCAACGAUUGGAAACAUUUCAAAAGCGUAACCCUCCCCUGUGAUUUCUCACUGAACACUGAUUGGCCAAAAAACACACACACACACACAUGCCUCUUUCCAAUAUUUUGAUAGUCACACCAAAAGUAGACAUUGUGUUCUCAGUUUGCACUGUUUGUUUUUCGUGGUCAGAAUCGUAGCUUCUGUCGUCGACGUUCGUCACUUUCACUUUCCCCACCAGCAGCAGUGUGGUUGUUGCAUGCAGCCCGUCAUUGGACUCAACGGGAUUCUCUUAUCGUCAAUGAACUGACCUCACGUAACCGAUAGCAACGGGCUAAAAAACAACCUGAUAGUGGACUGAUUUACUGUCAUUCCAGCAGACGUCGGAAAAGAUUAAACCCAUUUUUUAUGAAGGAAAGCGAACAGUUUGAAUAUUAUUUUUGCUCGACGAUACAAAGAAGUUAAAGGUGCCUGCGGCCUCGUGGUUUGAUUUUUUUUUUGUCUCUUACGAAAGUGUCCUUCAUGGCCAACUGCCAGGAUUAGUAUUUUGAAAAUGGGUAUGUUAAAGUAACGUUAUUGCACCACUUCAAUAAAGAUUUGUGUUCCCAUA